UAUUACGGUGGUGCCAAAGCUGUUCACGUGGAAGGGCGACAGUUUCCUGUUGAGGAUCUUUUCACUGUUCGUCCUGAUAUUAUGGCAAAGUACACAUGCCGUGUGGAAGCUGACAAGUCACUUUAUCCUGUGUUAUUGUCCAAUGGAAAUCUCAUUUCUCAAGGAGAUACAGAGGGAGGUCGGCACUAUGCCUUAUGGGAGGAUCCAUUCAAGAAACCGUGCUAUCUGUUUGCUCUAGUGGCUGGACAACUAGCGAGCAGAGAUGAUACAUUCACCACGCGCUCUGGUAGGCAGGUAUCUCUGAAAAUCUGGACUCCUGCAGAAGAUCUACCGAAGACUGCUCAUGCCAUGUAUUCUCUGAAGGCGGCCAUGAAGUGGGAUGAGGAUGUGUUUGGCCUUGAGUAUAACCUGGAUCUCUUCAACAUUGUUGCCGUUCCAGAUUUUAACAUGGGAGCCAUGGAGAACAAGAGUUUAAAUAUUUUUAAUUCCAAGCUUGUCCUGGCAUCUCCAGAAACUGCAACAGACGCAGAUUAUGCUGCAAUUCUGGGAGUUAUUGGUCAUGAAUACUUCCACAAUUGGACAGGCAACAGGGUGACAUGCCGUGACUGGUUCCAACUCAGUCUAAAGGAAGGACUUACUGUCUUCCGUGACCAGGAGUUUUCAUCUGACAUGGGAAGCCGUACUGUAAAGCGAAUUGCUGAUGUUUCAAAGCUGAGGAUCUAUCAAUUUCCGCAGGAUGCUGGUCCUAUGGCACAUCCUGUUCGUCCACAUUCAUACAUCAAGGUUUAUGAAAAGGUUUGGCUCUUGAAUAAUAGUGUUGCUGUCAUAUGCAGUAAGCAAGAAACCUUAGGAGCUGAGGUUGUGAGGAUGUACAAAACUCUGCUAGGAAGUCAAGGGUUCCGAAAGGGAAUGGAUCUCUAUUUUAAGAGACAUGAUGAGCAAGCUGUGACUUGUGAAGACUUCUUUGCUGCUAUGCGUGAUGCAAACAAUGCAGAUUUUGCUAAUUUCUUGCAAUGGUACUCCCAAGCUGGAACGCCAGUUGUUAAAGUGGCCUCCUCUUACGAUGCUGAAGCUCGUACCUUUUCUUUGAAAUUCAGUCAGGAGAUACCCCCGACUCCAUGCCAGCCAACAAAAGAACCUACAUUUAUUCCAGUAGUGGUUGGUCUUCUAGACUCAAGUGGGAAAGACAUUACACUUUCCUCUGUUUAUCAUGAUGGUACACCGCAAGCCAUUUCAAGCAGCAGCACAAUACUUCGAGUGACUAAGAAAGAAGAAGAGUUUGUGUUCUCUGAUAUAUCAGAAAGACCUGUUCCAUCCCUAUUUAGGGGAUUCAGUGCCCCAGUUCGCGUUGAGACUGAUCUCUCCAGUGAUGAUCUUUUCUUCCUCCUAGCCCAUGAUUCAGAUGAAUUCAACCGGUGGGAGGCAGGUCAGGUUCUGGCAAGGAAGCUCAUGCUGAACUUAGUUUCUGACUUCCAGCAAAAUAAACCGUUGGUUCUAAACCCAAAAUUCGUGCAAGGUCUCGGCAGCGUGCUUUCUGACUCGAGCUUGGACAAGGAAUUUAUAGCCAAAGCAAUAAUAAUGCCUGGGGAGGGAGAGAUAAUGGACAUGAUGGACGUGGCGGAUCCCGAUGCUGUUCAUGCUGUUCGAGAGUUUGUCAGAAAACAGCUUGCAUCUGAACUUAAAACUGAGUUUCUAAAGAUAGUCGAGAACAAUAGAAUCACUGAAGCUUAUGUCUUUGACCACCCAAACAUGGCGAGGCGUGCUUUAAAGAAUGUAGCCCUAGCUUACCUUGCAUCUCUCGAGGAUCCAGAGUUUGUGGAACUUGCAUUGAGUGAAUACAAGACGGCCACAAAUUUGACGGACCAGUUUGCUGCUUUGGUAUCUCUUUCCCAAAACCCGGGUAAAACCCGUGACGACGUUCUUGCUGACUUCUAUGACAAGUGGCAGGACGAUUACUUGGUUGUUAAUAAAUGGUUCCUCCUUCAAGCAACGUCUGACAUUCCUGGCAACGUGGAGAAUGUCAAGAAGCUUGUGGAUCAUCCAGCUUUUGAUCUGCGCAAUCCGAACAAGGCAAGGUUCUGUGGUUCUGUGGUGAAUUUCCAUGCCAAAGAUGGAUCGGGUUACAAGUUCUUGGGCGACAUUGUUGUCCAGUUAGACAAAUUGAAUCCUCAGGUUGCGUCUCGUAUGGUGUCUGCCUUUUCAAGGUGGAAGCGGUACGAUGAAGCCCGGCAAGCUCUAGCCAAGGCGCAAUUGGAGAUGAUAAUGUCAGCAAAUGGAUUG